CUUUCAAAGUCGACAUAAAGUACAUAUCUAUUAACUGUCAGCAAUAAAAACAAUAUUGAUAUCUUCACACGUGCGCAUCAAUAUGCCGGAAGAUGAUGGCAUGGAUAAAAGGAAAUCCCAUCGCGCGCGGCAGGCCGGCGUGAAAGCGGAAAAGAAAAAGUUGAAGGCCAAGAAAGAUUCGGGUAACACCAAGGAGCCCAAUUUGACCGCACGUCAAAGGAAUCCAAAAGCAUUUGCUAUUAACUCUGCACAACGUGCUGAGCGCAAUUUUCGACGCAAAGAGGACUUAACAGCUAAAAAGCAACACAUUCCUGUUGUCGACCAAACUCCAGAUGAACCACCACCUGUUCUUAUAGCUGUGGUCGGUCCACCUAAGGUCGGCAAAACGACGUUGAUAAAUAAUUUGAUAAAGAAUUUCACGCGUACAAAUGUUACUGAUAUACGUGGUCCCAUUACAAUAGUGACAUCGAAAAAGCGACGUAUCACACUACUGGAAUGCAACAAUGAUAUCAAUUCAAUGAUUGAUGUGGCAAAAUGUGCUGAUUUGGUAUUGUUAUUAUGUGAUGCCAGUUACGGGUUUGAAAUGGAGAUUUUCGAAUUUCUUAAUAUUUGUCAAGUGCAUGGUAUGCCAAAAAUUAUGGGUGUGCUAACACAUUUGGAUAUGAUUAAGAAUCCCAAACAAUUGAGAAAGCGCAAGAAGGAGCUGAAACAUCGUUUCUGGACCGAAGUUUAUGACGGUGCCAAGUUAUUCUACCUUUCGGGUUUGCUACAUGGCGAAUAUUUGCGUAAUGAAGUGAAAAAUUUGGGCCGUUUCAUUUCGGUUAUGAAAUUCCGACCCUUAUCAUGGCGUGGUGCGCAUAGCUACUUGCUUGUGGAUCGUGUUGAAGAUGUAACAAACACCGACAAAAUACGUCGCAAUCCCAAAUGUGAUAGAGAAAUUGUGCUCUAUGGUUACGUGCGCGGUGUGCCUAUGAAGCAAGAACAUUCGGUGCAUAUCGCCGGCUUGGGAGAUGCGAGAAUCGAAGAACUAAGCGCUAUCCCAGAUCCAUGUCCACUGCCAGGCACAGAGAAAAAGCGCAGUCUAUUAGAAAAGGAAAGAUUAUUGUAUGCACCUAUGUCUGGGGUUGGCGGAAUAGUUUACGAUAAAGACGCUGUGUACAUAGAACUGCAGGGAUCACAUAGUCAUAAGGAGAAAACUGGCGAUGCUGCUGAGCAGGAACAGUUAGUGGAGAAGCUUAUAGAUAAGAAGCAAACUGUGGAUGUGCAAAUUGAAGAGCAAGAGUUUCGACUCUUCUCUGAUGGUUCUGCCAUUAAGUCGAAAGACUACAAGGAGGACAGUGAUGUAGAUGACGAAGAAGAAGAUGGAAGUCAAGAUGAAGACUCCGGUGUAGAUGAUGAGGACGAUGCGAGUGUCAACAGUGACGAUGAAUUUGGUGGCGAAGAUUGGCGCGGCGAAGAUAGUGAACAAGAAGAACAGCCAGAUAGCGAUAAUAAUACAUCUGACGAUGAGGAGUAUCAAACAGUAGAUGAACAGAAGUCGAAGGGAAAACUUAGUGCGGUUGAGGAAUCUGAUCAGGAUACAGAUAGUGAACAGGAGGAGGCCAAAAUUCUAGCCAACAGUAUGAGUUGGAAAGAGAACUUGGCGCAAAAGGCGCGCGACUCCUUUUUGCUACGGCAUUCCGAGGCUAAGAAUAUUAUGCGUUUGGUAUAUGGUUGCUACAGCCAAAGCGAAUCCAAGAAAAACAAAAAUGUAGAAGACGACAAAGACGAUUCAGAUUCGGGCGAAGAACUGGGUGGUCUCUUCAAAGUAGCCGCUAAAAAGCAAAGCGACAUGCAAAAGGAUAAAGAUAUACGAGAUAAAGUGGAGCAAUGCUUUUUCGAGGACUUCUCCGGUAGUACGCGAAAUUGGCUGGAAGAUGACAACAAAGCGCUUUUAAAAAAUUGCUUCGUCACCGGCAAAUGGAAGGCGUCAGAAGAUGCCGAAACGCUUUUGCGCUUAGAUGACCUAAGCGAUGCUGAAAGCGAAGUUUAUGGAGAUUUCGAAGAUCUCGAAACUGGCGAAAAGCAUGCCGGCACCAGCAAAGCGCAAGACACUGCCACCGAAGAAAAUCCCGCUGAUAAUGCGGCUGAUGCGAAUCAGGAUGAAAAUACGCGCAAGCGUCGUAUGACCAGAGUUGAAGAAGAAAACCUAACCAAAGCAGAGCUUAUGGCGAAAAAACUCAAACUUAAAGCUAAAUUCGAUGCCGAGUAUGACAAUCAUGAUGGACCAAAGGAGGACGAUGGACGCAUUACGGGUGACCAUGAUUAUUACGAAAGCUUAAAAGCGGACGCACAAAAACAAUCGGAGUUGAACAAAAGCGAGUUCGCAAAUCUCGAUCCCGAACUGCGUUUACAAAUCGAAGGUUAUCGGCCGGGACUUUAUGUUCGGUUGGGCUUUCGUGGCAUAUCUUCGGAGUUCAUUGACAACUUUGAUCCCAGUUAUCCCGUGCUGGUGGGCGGUCUCAAUAUGACCGAAGAAAAUAUCGGUUAUGUUAACUGUAAAGUGAAGAAGCAUCGUUGGUACAAGAAAAUAUUGAAGACCGGCGAUCCGUUAAUUAUCUCUUUGGGCUGGCGGCGCUUCCAGACCGUGCCAAUAUACGCCAAAGUCGAGGAUAACUUCCGACACCGUUAUCUUAAGUAUACGCCCAACCACGUGACGUGCAGCAUGACUUUCUGGGGUCCCAUUACACCACAAAAUACCGGUUUCUUGGCGCUGCAAACUGUACGCCACGAUCUCGAUGAAAUGAAGCGUCUAGGUUUUCGUAUUGCGGCUACGGGCAGUGUUAGCGAAUUGGAUAAAUCCGCGCAGAUUAUGAAAAAAUUGAAGUUGGUCGGCCAACCCUUCAAAAUCUACAAGAAAUCUGCAUUCAUUAAAGGCAUGUUCACAACCGGACUGGAAGUGGCCAAAUUCGAGGGCGCCAAAAUUAAAACUGUCUCCGGCAUACGUGGUCAAAUUAAAAAGGCGCACCACGAUCCCGAAGGCUCAUUCCGUGCCACCUUCGAGGAUAAGAUACUUUUGAGUGAUAUCGUCUUCUGUCGCACCUGGUUCCGCGUGGAUGUACCACGUUUCUAUGCAGCGGUCACCUCGCUACUACUGCCGCCGGAGCAGAAAUCACAAUGGCAAGGUAUGAAGACGCUGGGCCAACUGAAGCGCGAACGUAACAUACGCAAUGAAGUCCAACCGGACAGCCAGUACACGGAGAUUAAACGUGAAACGAAAAUCUUCAAACCGCUUACGAUACCCAAAGCACUACAGCGCGCACUGCCCUACAAGGACAAGCCGAAAGUGCGACCGUUGGCCGAUAAAAAGGAGGAGUUGGAGCGUAUAGCGGUGAUACGCUCACCACAUGAACAGAAAGUGGCUAAGAUGAUGAAAAUGAUAGAGACCAACUACAAAGCCAAGCGGAAACGCGACAAAAUGGAGACGAAGGUACGGCUGAAGCAAUUCCGUGCCGAGAAGCGGGUGGAAGAAGCGCGAAAGAUGAAGCGUCAGAAGGAGGUGCGCAAGAAGGUGUCACGUGCUAUAAGUAAAAUGCGUAAGAAGGAAGAGGCCUAAAGAGCAUCAACUUAAAUCCUUAUGUAUGAACUUGUACAUAACCUAGAAACUCUUUUAAUUACUUUUUACCGUAAAAAUAAUAAAAGUCAACUAAUUUACAUAAAA